AUAAACCUAUUAAAUUCCCACCACCACAAAAAACUCAAAAUCUCUCCCCACAAAAUCCCCCAUCAACAAGAAAGCAAAAAUAAAAAUAAAAAUCUCCCCCCCAAAACACUGUAAACCAAAAUCACCACCAUGACUGCUUCAAGUCCAGCUUCCUUUACAUCAUCAAUUCUCAACAUUCCCAAUUCCAAAACCCCAUCUUUCAUUUUAAACCCUAAUCCCUUUCCCCAAAUCAAAGUCAACAAAUCAAGAAACCCUAGAAAAGCAAAUGGGUAUUUCAUUUCUAGGUCUGUAACAGCCGAUAACCCCACCACUGUAUCCUCUUCAUCUGCAUUGAACUUAGAUGAGGGAGUUGAUGAAAAAUCUGCUGAAGCAAUUGGGAAAGUUGGAUCUAGGGUUAGGGUUACGGUUCCGUUGAAAGUGUAUCACGUGCCUAAGGUGCCGGAAUUGGAUUUGGUAAAUAGAAUUGGAACGUUGAAACAAUACGUGGGUUUUCAUAAAGGCAAACAAAUAUCAGCUAAUUUGCCUUACAAAGUGGAGUUCGUGGUGGACAAUUUGGAAGGGCGAGAUGGUCCGGUUAAGUUCUUGGCACACCUUAAGGAAGAUGAGUUUGAGUUUCUUGACUGAUUUAAUUUUAGUUUUGAUUUGAUAAUUUUAGUGCUUUUUAAAUGAUUACUGUGUUCCACUGAAUAUAUGAGAAUAAUCAUGUGUACAAGUAUUAUUUUCGUGUAUCAUUUUGUAGUUCUAAUUUUUUUAAAUAAAAAAAGAUGGUUAUUUUGGCUCA